AUGAGAGUCAGUCAUGUGAAGAAGUAUGUUGAUGAGCAGAUGGAGCUCAUCAAAAUUAUCAACGAUGCCAUCACCAACUUAACUCGUGUCGGAGAAGAAAAUAUUUCUCUUCAACUAGUGGAAGCUCGAAAAACGGCAUUGCAAGAGUCUUGGAGCAAAUUUUCUAUCACUCUUGAUGCAAUAAAAAUUGCAAUAAGGCAAUUAAGUGAAGAUAAAAAGGAAGAUGUAUUAAAGCUUUCAUAUUCCAAGGACGACUUUUACCGUGCCGCCUACGAUACUUAUUUAGAAGCGUUGGAAAGGAUGAAUACUUUGUAUGAUCAACGAAAUCAAGCCGAGAUUAGAUCAUCGUUAACCAGUCAUAUAGAAUUUCCUGUUCAUCAUUAUGGGCCUCGUCUUCCAAGUCUGGAUUUACCGAAAUUUAAUGGCGUUCCAUCGGAAUGGCUGCAAUUCAAAGAUAUGUUUAACUCUAUGGUCAUCAAUAAUAGUUCCCUGUCUGCUAUAUGGAAACUUCAUUAUCUCAAGCAGAGCCUUACUAGUCCAGCAGCUGAUUUCUUAAAAAAUACGGCGUUAACAACUGACAAUUUCCAAAGGUCAUGGGAUGCGCUAGUUUCAUUCUACGAGAAUAAGCAGUUAUUGGUAAACUCCGCAUUGCUAUCAUUAUUGACGAUGAAAAAGAUGACAAAAGAAUCUGCUGCGGAGAUGCAAAGUCUGUAUUCAACAAUUAUACAGAUCUAUCGAACUUUAGAGACACUCGGACGACCAGUGGAGACUUGGGAUGAUUUCUUGGUUUUUAUUGCAGUUCAACGUCUGGAUCAGGAAUCGGUGAAAGCUUGGGAACUGCAUUUGGGCUCAACUAAAGACCCUCCGACGUGGAAACAGUUUAUGGAAUUUCUCAUAAGUCGUUUGUUAACUCUCCAAGCAGUUAAAAAAUCGAGAAAGCCUGGUCCUCAGCACAAUCCACGAGUAACUAUGGUUCAUUACGCAUCUAGAGAUCAGAAUACUUCCAAGAAGGUUCAAAUUGCACCGGAGAUUACCAUAUACUUAAAUGCCUAG